AUGGACGACAGUAGUAGGAGCUCUAUGACAGUUGCUGCACCGGCCGAAAUGCCUCCUUCGAACGGGCACACGCUCCUAGAUUGGUCUGAUGACCCUGCAAAUGCCAAAAACUGGUGUUUUCCCAAGAGGAUGUACAAUACUCUGAUUCCCGCAUGUCUGUGCCUUACCAUUUCCUUUGGCCUGGCUGCCUACUCACCGGCUCGAGUUGAGGUCCAACACGAAUUCAACGUUACUUCUACGGUCUCGAUACUCCCCUUUAGUCUCUACGUAUAUGGACUUGCAUUUGGUCCUAUGAUCUCGGCACCCCUGAGCGAAACGUACGGUCGACGCUUCAUUUACGUUUACAUCACCCCUAUUUCGCUACUCUUCAUCGUCGGUGCCGGGUUCGCCAAGAACAUAGCCACACUUAUCAUAUGUCGAUUCUUCGCUGGCGCCAUCGGUUCAUCCCCAUUAGCUGUUGGUGCCGGCACCAUCAUGGAUAUCUGGCACGCGUUUCUCGGUCCAGCCUUGGGAUCCUUAGUCGUAAGCUGGAUCGCUGAGUACAAGGACUGGCAAUGGUCACAAUGGGAGACUUAUUCCCAUCCUCUCAUUCGUCGUCGCGCCAAGGCUAUCGGCUUACCAGUUCCCCCCAGCCCUAUCCCUAGCGGGCUGGCGGGUAUACAACAGCUACUGACCGUUACCCUCACAAGGCCGCUUUACAUGCUAGCAACCGAGCCAAUUGUCUGUCUCUGUUCUCUCUACACGGCUUUCAACUUUUGCGUCUUGUUCACCUUUUUGACAGCCUUCCCCCUAAUCUUUCAGAACGUAUACAGUUUUUCGUCAGGACAAACUGGCCUGGUGUUUCUCAGUAUCGCCAUCGGAUGUGUGGCUGGCGCAGUACUAUACAUAAUUAUCGACCAUCGCGUGCACAAGAGAAAGGGAGAUGUCUAUUCGGAUCCCGAACAGCGACUGUGGGGCGCAAUGUAUGGCAGCAUAUUAAUGCCUGCGGCUCUCUUCUGGUUUGCUUGGACUGCGCGGCCCGGUGUGCAUUGGAUGGCCAGCAUCGUUGCUGCAGGACUCUUUGGCUGUUCCAAUCUCCUAAUCUUUGUAUCCUGCGUGCUCUACUUGACGAACGUUUAUGGGGCUCGUUAUGGAGCCUCUGCCUUGGCUGCGAACGGAGUGCUGCGUUAUAUGCUAGGUGGUUCACUCCCACUGUUUGUUUUACCCAUGUACCACAACCUUGGCUUUAGUUGGGCUGGGAGUCUUCUCGGUUUCCUUGCAACAGGAUUUGCCCCCAUCCCGUUGAUUUUCUACAAUUUCGGUCCCAAAAUCCGAAGAUCUAGCCCUUACACGCUACAAAAAGGGGUGCUGUAG